AUGUUCAGAUACCUCCCACGAAACAUGAAUGGAGUAUUUGCCGUGGACAAGCCCGCGGGCAUGACGCUGUCGGACGUGGUGGCCAAGCUCAGUAAGCUAUUUGAUAAGCUGGACGUUUUUGCCAACGAUCUCGCUGAAGCCAGGAGAAUCAAGCAUGAACAGCUUACUGCUGGUACCAACUGGAAACCCACCAAAAUCAAAAACAGAGUCGACAGACUCGGCAUCAAGGUGGGUCACGGCGGCACGCUAGACCCAAUGGCGCAGGGCGUGUUGAUCAUUGGCGUUGGCUCGGGAACAAAGCAGUUGAGCCAUUUCCUAGGAAACUGCAAGAAGACCUAUGAAGCCAAGGCCAUGUUGGGCCAAAGUACCACUACGGGAGACUCCGAGGGCGAAGUUUUGUCCAGGACGGAAACUGAGCACGUUACGGUGGAAAACUUGCAAAAUGCCGCCAGAAAGUUCACCGGUAAGGGUAAACAGACUCCUCCGUUGUUUUCAGCAUUGAAGGUGGAUGGCAUGCCUUUGUAUGAAUACGCCAGGAAAGGGCUUCCGCUUCCUAGAGCCAUCAAGGCCAGGGAGGCGUUUAUCCACGAAUUCGAGGUCCAUGGGCCUUUGGCGGUGGAUCCCCAGUACAAACCGAUGAAGUUGGAGACCGAUUCUGACGGUAAAACGCUUGCCAGCAUGCUAGCACUGAACCUGACGCUCAACGACUCGGAAUUGAUCUUUUCGGACGAUUUCAUGGCGGACGAAAGCGUUCCUGAUCUGGAAAAAGUGACCCUCAUUCGCCCCAGAAUGCUUCCUGAAGAUGCCCCUCCACGAGACGAACUUCCAGUAGUUGGCCUCACAACUACAGUCGGACUGGGAACCUAUAUCAGAAGUUUGAUCAGCGACUUGGGCCGUGCCGUGGAGCUGUCGGCGCAUAUGGUUUAUUUGAACCGAACCAAGCAGGCAGAGUACGAGGUGGGCAAGAAUACGUUUCAGGUUCUGGACUUUUUGGAGCGUGACGAGAGGCUCUGGGGCCCUGUUUUGAAGCGGGCGCUUGACCAGGGUCUGGACAUUGUUGUUGCUGAUGAGUUUGUCAAGGUUGAGGAGAAGCUUAGGCCGUUACUUGAGAAGGAAGCUGAGGCCAAGGCCGAGGCCAAAGAAGAGACGAUAGAAAAUGAAGAGAAGAAAGAGACAGCAGAAAAUGGAGACACUGUGUCUACGGAGGACGAGGGCCACGCAUCGAAGAAACAAAAAGUUUAA